AUAGGAGAUUUGAUGUAUAACGUAAUAAGCAGUACCGUAUUUCAAAAACAGCGCGCAUAACUUUUUCAAUUAACCACACCCUUUGCACUAUGACUCCAACCCAUAAGAUCCUUUUACUUCAGUGUAAACGGAAGUGAACAGUGACCAAGAACAUUUUCCACGAAAGCGUUUUUGUUGUUAUUUAGACGCUUAUUACCAACCUGGAACUCAAAAUAUGACUAAUUUAACUGCAUAUCAUUACAUUAGUUACCUCAGUGUCUAAUUCGCGUUGGAGACAGGACUUGGUUGAUAGCUAGCAAGCGUUACCUAAAACUGCUAACAAUGGCUAACUGUAUGAUUUUUCACACUCAAAUCGCCUCCAUUAUGGAGGUACUAGCAAAUGCAGCCGUGGCUGAUAUCUGUAAACUCGUAGACGACGACUAUGCAGUGUUUCGUUUGGAAAUAACUCAAAGCCAAAAAGAAAACAGGGGAUUGCGGAGGAAACUACAGCUACUGGAACUGAAGAUGGCGCGGGAGCGCGUCCUCGCUAGUCGUCACAGUAGUGUCAAGAUCCUCGACCGAUACAGAGGGAUGGCAAGAGAUGGAGGACAUCUCACUCGAGGCCACAAGAGCUUUGUGAAGCAAGCGGCACAUAAUGCGUGUAGAGAUGACCAACCAAUUACUGUUGAUGAGGGGAGUGGAACCUCAACCCAGCAUGUUAUCGUGAUCGAGUCUGCAGAUGCAGAGGCUGCUGGUCCUGGGGUCAAGCUGGAAAGGUCUGAAGGAGAGGAGGACCCACGGAACAGCCAGACUGGAGCGUCCCAUGUAGCCACGGAGGACCUCACCGCCACCGCUCCCAGGACCCGAUGCAGAAUCACGGAGGAGGAGGAGGGUCCAGAGGUGCUGCUGGUGAAGGAGGAGGGGUGUGAGGAGGGUCUGGGGAACCCUGAGGGGAACAUGGUCAUGGAGUACAACCAGACUACACCUCCUCCUGAACCCACAGAAGAACCAGCUAUGCAGCACAGGAUCACACACAGUCUCACUGAGUCAGCAGGCAUGGAGGAUGGGAAGCCUGAUCUGCUGCUGGUCAAAGAGGAGACAGAAGAUGCACCAGAGAGCAUUGAUCUGUUGAGUGGACUAAGGAUGGGUGAGCAAGGUGGAUGGCUGAAGGCUAACAGAGGAGACUGGGUGGCCAUCUUGGAUUCCCAGACUCAGAUGGGUGCAGCCAAGGGCCCAGGGGAUAAUGUCACUGAGCAGGACAGGACUAGAGGCGACAUAGUGGAGGUCAGUGGAUGGGACAGUGUCCUCAACUCUGGGCUGGGGAACAACACUGUUAACCACAACCAGAAAAAGACAGUCAAACACAAAACAACAACCAAACUUAGUCUCCAUGACAACGGACUGGCUGAGACCAGGGCGAGGCAUAGAUUUGGUCUGCAGCUACGGGGAAGUGUCCGUAUGUGGCGGAAGAGAACAGACGCAGACUCGGCUAGCGAUGUUCCGUCCUGCUCCUAUAGUUGUGAUUCAGAGAGACUGAUGGUACCUCAGGUUAACCCCCUAACAGGUGCUGCCUUCAGCCUGCCUUCUAUAGGCUCUAUCAACUGGAACAUGGACCACGAGACAUCACAGACACGCCCAGGCCUUUGUCCUCCUCACACUGUCCUGUUAAACCAGACCUCAGACAAUGCCAGUUCCUCAACGCUAAAUGGCUACACAAGCUCAUUGACAAAUGACAGUAGUUUUAACACUGUCAGUAGAUCCGGUGGCAAAGAGAAGCGCUUCCCGUGUUCAUUCUGUGGGAAAGCCUUCAGUUUCCCUAAACAGAUGGAGAUCCAUCAGAGGAUGCACACAGGGGAGAAACCAUUUGGCUGCCACUUGUGCAGGGCUAGUUUCUCCCAAUUGUCCAACCUGAAGAGGCACCAGAGAGUCCACACAGGGGAGAAACCCUACAGCUGCCCCCAGUGUGAGAAGAGAUUCUCACGCCAGCACGAUCUCAAGAUGCACCUGAAGGUCCACCCUUGAGAGAGGCCGUUCACCUGUACGCACUGCGGGAAAAGGUUUUCAGAGAGGAGCUACCUCAGGAUACACCAGCAGAAAAUGCACAUGGUCCAUGAAUAGUGUGUACCCCCUGGGUUCACCACGUCAUUUCAACAUGUAGAAUUGGGUAAUAUUUGGUAUUUGGUAGAUAUAUUGAUCUAUUUUCACCUACUCAGAAUGACAGCUAAAAGUUUGCUGAAUUCCCAAUGUGUUAUCACUAUGCUUUCAACCAUCUAAAAGUGAAACCAAAUUCCAAUGGAAAAAUCUGUCAGAUUUUUGGUUUCGUUUUCACCUGUGUUGUCACUGAGCUUUCAAAAAUGUAAAAUCACAAUAAAGUUCAAAGUUAAAAUCACACAUUGUCAGAUAUUGUUAAUUUAUACAACAACUUAAUGUGUUAUGA